CCAGCGCGAAUACAUGGCGAUUACGCAUUUUGGUCGGGCGCGCGCCAUAUUUUUAUUCCGCGCGCUUUGCUGCGCUUUCGCUGGUUUUCGCGGUGAAGUUAUGGCGGAUGGUUCUCGGUUUCGCGACGUGUGAAUCGUUUUCGUGGGACUGUGGCGUAUUUAGUGGCGAGUGGAAGUUCCAUUGAAUGGAUACGACGAUCGGGAAUUCGUCGAAGGUCGGCGUCGACAAAACCGCGUAUUCUACUCUGCCAGCGCUACGUCCGCAUCGAAGUCAAGUGACUGAUUAGGUUAUUGGCGGUAAAGUCCACGGCCGCGGGAACCCAACCGAACGCAAGUAUCUCUCGGAUUGCCGCAUCAAGUAAGCUCGCCCUCCGGGCCGUCGGUCACCCCGCGACGAACAUCUGCCAUCGACGCGAUGUCCGGCAAGCACGAACCGUCAUUGAACAUGACCGAGCGCUGCCGCAUUUGUCUAGUCGAUCACGGCUGCAUGACCAGUCUGCAAAAUGAGCGUCUGGAGAACAAGCUCAAGGAUCUUACCAAAUGCACUUGCAUCGACGUCAAAUAUGAGGAGAAUCUACCUGGAGUUGUGUGCCAUGUAUGCCUGUACAAGCUCAAUAUGUGGAGUGAAUUCAAGGAACAGUUUGUACAGUCCAACAAGAUUCUCUUGGAACAGCUAGAGAUAUCAGAAACAUCCGACAACACUAUUAAAGAUUCUUCCAGGAAUGAAAGUUGUACAACAAAGAGUGCAGAAAGAAAACGUAAAAACGGCGAUGAUAACGUUUCUGACAUUGAGAAGAAAAAGUCGAGGAUACAUGGAUCUUCAAAAGUUGUAAAUACGACUUGUGACACAAACCAAGUUAUGUCAGACGUAAUAUGUAUAUUGGAUGACGACAAUUUAAAUAUCCCAAAGGACGCGAAAAAUGAGGAGUAUAUGGAUGGUAAAACAUAUUCGGGACCAAUGAGGGUUAGAUUGUUACCCGCGAGACGCGGUAGAAACAUCGAACGAAGGAAGGCUUCCACGAAACGUUGGGUAGAAAGGAAGAAGGCGCUUAUAGCGGCGACAGGAGAGAAUGUGUCUGAUACCGAUUCCAUAGCUUCUGAUGAUGUGCAAUUAUCGCCAGUGCAGAAGGCUCGUGCAAAGACCAAUGCAAUGGACAAGGAUGUAGAGAGGCAGAAGAAAAUAUCGAGAGUGCUGAAAAAUCUCGAGACAAAUCUCACGGAAAAAUACACUGGUUUCCUUGAUAAGGACACAGAUUCGGACACGCGCAGAACGAGAUCGAUCAACAAAGAAUUGAUUGCCUCGCCACUGAGUAACAAGAAUUCGUUAUUGAGUCAAGUUGGUAAGAGAAACAUCACCAAGAAAACUGAAUUCUGUCUAGACAGCUCAAUGGAAAAUGAAAGAUCUUCCUUGGUAAUGGAUGGCACAAGGAAAUCUGACGAUCAACCAUUUACACCUCGCUCAUUGAAAUCCGAGUUGAUAGUCGGCGAUAUCACUUAUGCCGUAACGUCAACUUUGGUUCUUGUGGAUCCGUCGAAUCUUAACGAGAACGUUAACAGUUUAACGAAGGAAUCUCACAAAAACCUCGACGAGAGUAAUCGAGAAAACACCGAUAUUAUCGACGCGGUUCAGCUGCGUAGAAUAAAUCCCAUGACACCCAUCAUGAAUAGCAAACCUAAUGGCAAAUUUGUCGAGAGGUGUUUAAACAUCGAGGUUGAGGGUAGUGAAUUGGAGGUUUUGAAACGCGUACAAAGCGAAUUGGCGAUUUUCGUUGAGAGGGAGAUGAAGCAAAAGUUAUUUGGUACGAGCAACAGCGUCGCGAAGACUGCCAAAACGGACAACGUUAAAACGAAUAGCGUAACUUAUUUGCACCAAAAACUCGAUCAGAAGUUGAAGGAUAUAGUGGAAAUAGCUAUAAAGAAAAAUAUCGAUGCUUCUGUUGGGAAGAAAAAUGACGCAUGCGGCCAGACAUCCACGAACUUUUCGUUAAUGUCUGCGAAAUCGGCUAUAAACUCGCCCAGAUAUCAACCAAAGGUCUUGCUAAAACGUUUAGACAUAACGAAAGAGAGCAAGCACUAUAAUAUUAAUAAUGCUCAUGUGUUGACUUCGCCGAACCGUAAGCUCGCUGAACCGUUUAGCGUGAUAACUCGUCAUAAACGUCAAAGUAUACCUCCAGUGAGGUAUGGCGAUUUUAACACCUCUACUUUGUACUCAGAUUCCGAUGACACAUUGGAUGAAGAUGAUGAGUUUGACGAGAAGCCGAAAGCAAAAAAUUCGACGAGGCAGUCGACGAUCUCUGGCAACAAAUCAUUGGGAAAGAAACAAGAUGGACAGAAAGCUAAUUCUGAGGAGAUUAACAAGGUCGAGGGUGCUGUAACUGAAAAUCACAUAUGCGGAGUAUGCGGACUUACGUUUCACUCUCGCAAGGAUGUUGAGACACACGUGCGUACUCAUAAAAUAACAUCGGGCGUUAUGCAGAUUGUGUUACAAAAUGAAAACACGGUUAUGCCGCUUAUGAAGACUCAACAGAACAAACAGAAGAUGAUGCGCUGCAAGAGAUGUCACGAGAUAGUCGAGGCGCGUCUUGUGAAGGCACAUGUAUGCAAAACAUCCCUUCACAAGUGUUACGUUUGCAACUCCAUGUUCCGCACGAAGAACCUUCUCGCGAAACACUUGGAGAGUCAUGAUAGUUCCGAAUUCAAUCUAGUAAACGCAAUCGGGAAUAAGAAAUUAAACAAUACAGAUGCGAAAGUAAUAAAAGUUCUGCCGAUGUCGCAAAAGAAUCAAGUACAAGGGACCGAAACUACGAUAAAAACACUGUCUGGUGUAACCGAGAAAAAUGACAUCCAGUCCGAUAAGAUAACUAGUACUGGUGUAAAACUUGAUAGCACAGAAAAUAUUCUUAAAAAGCCCAAGGAAACGUACACCUGUUUCGUGUGCGACAAAAUUUUCACUGAUGAAGAGAUAUUGAAGGAUCACUUACAGAAGCAUUGUGACGAUCUGAGCGAAGGGGAGCAAAGCAAUAACAAGGAGCAGUACCAGUGUGCUAUUUGCAGUAAAACUUUGGAAUCAGAUCAAGCAUUAGAAGAGCAUGUCGGCAAACACUUGUUCGACGACGAAGACGACAACCCUAAUCUGAUUAGCAUAGGUCAGGGCAGUGAGAAUAAUGAUAAGUCAAGGGAAACCAUAGAGACGUAUCAAUGUGGCCAAUGCUCAGAGACAUUUGAUUCGGAAGUUUUGCUAGAGAUGCACAUGCAGGCACACGAGGAAGAAGUCGCGAUAGCGGAAUGGGAGAAACAAGGGAUGAAGGUCUAUCAAUAUCAAUGCAUGCUCUGUGAAGAAUUAUUCAAUACGGAAGAGGAGUUGACGCAACAUUUGGAUAUACAUAACGCAAAUCCACAUGUAUGUCAGCUGUGUGAUAAGCCGUUUCGCACAUUAGAAGAUCUACAAGAACAUGUCGCGACUCAUUGAUGUUCUAUUAAAUAUGGUUUAAUAAUUUAUAGACAUUAACAGAUACAAUAUCUUUGGAACGACGAAAAGCAAAUAAUAAUCUACUAUAAUAAUGUUUGUUAUCAUGGUUGUUACAAGAUCUGUCGAGUAAUAACUGGAUAUAAAAAGAUAGAAUAAGCGAAUAUAUAAAUUAACUAUAUGAAAUGUGUAUACAGCAACCGCCAUAUGUUUGCUACAGAGUUUGUUACUUUUAGUUCUUCCUUAUUUACGGACAUAAAUAAUUAUAUAUAUAUAUAUAAAUAUAAUAUAAUUUAUAAAACAUGCGCUAAUUAUAUGUGCGUGUUUGUAAUUAAAAUUCUAAAAUUUUUUGGUUCUUAAGAAAUAAAUUUUACUACAUUUAUUAUAAGACAAAUAACGAAAAGAUUUAUUUUGAUCCAAAAUGUUAGAUUAAGAUGACUGUGUUUAAGAACGUUAUUUAGAUAUAAGUCUUGAAGAGUUUAUGUUUUAGAAUCUAAAAUUUAGAUAAUGUGUAUGUAAUCUAUUUGUGUAAGUUAAUAAUAUCUUAUAUCAUUUAAACUAUAUAUUCUGGACUUGGUACACUUUCUGUUAUACAUACAUACAUAUAUGUAGAAAAAAGAACAGCUUUUUAUACAGAACACUUGUAUCACUUUACCGAUGUUUAAUGAAUGUAACUGUUAGAUUCUUAAUGAAUAAUGUGAUACAUAUUGUAAAUAUAUCUCACAGAAUAUAAGUUGCCUAAAUUACCAAAUUUCUAUAAAAUUAAUGUUUUAAAUAGGAAUAAAUUUCAACUACACAUGUAGGUAGAAUAAAUUUUUUCAUAAAUUACUAGGGCUUUCCUUUCGGGAAAUAUCUUCGUUCGUAAUAAAUAAAAAAAAAUUUCUCCGAAA